GGAAAAUACAUGGCGAGUGAGGAGGAGGAGGAAAGAGGAGAAGAGGAGCCACUUAGUCCAGUUUCCCGGCUACUUAGUUCACCUGAACUCUGUGCCGUCAUUGUGGUAACAAUAGGGUUGAAAACUAGAUGCAACAUAUCCUCCGUUGUUGCAGGCAUCAAGGAGUCACUGAUUAAGCUCCCUCGCUUCUCUUGUAAACUGGACAUGGAUAGUAAAAAUAAAAAGAAAGCAGAACCAGUUUGGGUUCCGGUUAGAAUUCAAGUAGAGAGUCAUGUCAUUGUUCCAGAUCUAGAUCAUGUAAAUAUUGAAAAUCCUGAGGAGUUCAUAGAAGAUUAUUGUUCUAGCAUUGUCAAUACUCCAAUGGACAUGUCCAUACCACCAUGGGAGUUUCACGUGUUGAACCUCAAGACUUCAAAUGCAGAAUCUGUGGGUAUAGUAAAGUUGCAUCAUUCUUUGGGUGAUGGAAUGUCUCUUAUGUCACUCUUACUUGCUUGUUCGCGGAAAACAUCAGACCCGAACGCACUUCCUACUAUUACAGCUACAACAAAGAAACAUCAAAAAUGUAAAGAUAAGGGUUGGCGGUUUAUUGGUAGGGGAUUGUGGUAUAUUAUAAGAUUCAUCUUCAUCAAUUUUGUUGAAGUGUUUAAAUUUGUGCUUACGCUAUGUUUCCUACGAGACACCAAAAAUGCUCUUUCAAGUGAACCCAUGGAUGGAAUUCAACCUAGAAAAAUUAUCCAUCGAAUAAUCGACUUUGAUGAUGUCAAGUUGGUGAAGAACAUAAUGCAAAUGAAGGUAAAUGAUGUUCUUCUUGGAAUGACACAAGCAGGUCUCUCAAGAUAUUUGAGUAAAAGAUGUGCAGAUGAAGAUUAUACUAUGACCCAGAAGGAAAAAAUCCUAGACAGAAUUCAUCUUCGUGGUACUGUAGCUGUAAACUUAAGACCAUAUACAAAAAUCCAGGAUAUGGACAAUGUGAUGACGAAAGGUGCAAAGUGUACAUGGGGAAACUUUGUAGGUCUCGUUAUAUUUCCACUAUGGAUAAGAUCAGAAGAUGAUCCAUUGGAAUAUCUACGACAAGCCAAAGCUACUAUGGAUAGGAAAAAACUUUCUCUAGAAGCAUUUAACUUCUAUGCAGUCAUCAAAUUCACUAUGAAGCUUUUUGGAGAAAAGGUCGUGCAAGCUAUUUCAAAGAGGUUAUUCGAUCAUACAACAUUGACAUAUUCAAAUGUGAUGGGUCCAGAUGAAGAAAUAAGUAUAUUCGACCAUCCAAUAUCUUACCUCGCAGCAAGUGCAUUAACAGGAUCUCAAAUUCUCAAUAUCCAUUUUGUAAGUUACGUCAACAAGCUUACCAUCAGUUUAGCGGUUGAUGCAACUGUGAUUCCUGAUCCUCACCGACUAUGUGAUGAUUUGGUAGAAUCUUUCAAUAUCAUCAAAUCUACUGCUCUAGAGAAAUAUAAAAUCUCAUAAAAGAGAGGCUUGAGGCAAGUAUCACUGAUGUAUUUGACUAUGCCUAUCAAAUGUAAAAAUGAAGUUUUAUGUUUCAAAAAAAGAAAAUGUUAUUAUGAUUCUCUUCAUACUCUUAAUUUCUUUUUUGUUACAUUUUGAGAUAUUCCAAAGUUAUUUAUUAAUUAAUGUUCUGAAACGCUAUGUAA